CUACCACCUUCCUCACCCCCCAACCCCCAAGGCCCAUCACUUCCAAGGGUAUAAAUAUAGACAUACCAUGUAAAUCCUAAAUCUCCUCUUCCUUUCAUUACACACCAUACUAAUGAGAAAUUAGUAUAUUUAAAAGGGUUCAUUUUUUUAAUUAGAAUCGUAGUGUUCAGAUCAGCUUACAGUAUCUCGACUAAUUUUAGAGAGUAUAUAUCUGUUAUUCUAAGAUGGGAAAUUGUUGUCUUAAACGUGGAUCCAACAUGGUAUAUGCAGGAGAUGAUGAUGAUGAGUGGGAAUGUGUAGCACCAAAAAAUUUAGUCGCAGAUAAAGAAAAGUUGUUUUCGUCUUCCUCCUCCUCGUCAUCAUCAUUAUCAUCUCCUCCUUCUUCUUCUUCUUCUUCGACGAUGAUUAAUUAUAGAGAAGUGAAAAUAAGAAUAACAAAGAAGGAAUUGGAGAAAAUUCUAGCUGGGAAAAUUGACAACAUGGAGAAAGUGACAAUGGAGCAAUUAUUGUCAGGAUUUUUAAACUCAAGCAACAAUAGUCUUGAUUCGUUUGAGAAUAUUCAACGACAACGAUCUUGGAGGCCUCGUCUUCAAAGCAUUCCUGAGGUAAAUUAAAACAUCAAGAACGAGAAACAGGGAGUAGGCAAAUCUAAAAUUUAUAGUCGAUCAAUGUGUUCAGAAUGAAUCUAAUAUAUACACACACAUAAGCAUAAGAUCAUGUGAUAAAUAUCGUGCUUAUAUAUAUUGAGUUCGAGUUGAAAGUAAUGGAUUUAGGGAGUUCGAGGCAUAUGGGUUGGUUUGGAUGUGAGGGACUUUUGUUCCUUCAUUUUCUCUUUGUUUUUCUUUGUUUAUACAUUUUUAGGUUUUAGGUGUAUCAAUUGAUGAUGUUGUAAAGAAAUUGAAUAGAUUAAUCAGUGUUGUAUCAAGUUUAUUAUUUUGGAUUCUUUUGAAAUAUUAAUAUUUGUUUAUUUCUUAA